UUUUCUCCGAAGCGAGUAGAAAAUUCGCCUUUGCCAGCUGUUUGUUUGAGAUCCGGUGUUUGUGAUUCUCGGAAGCCAUCCAAGGAGCAACUGCGCUGGCCAAGCGCCUUUGAAGCGUUUUCUGGCGUCCAAAACAAUGUGAAAUUCAUUUCAGGCGUUGAACGCCUAGACGGUGCUGUAUGUAGGCGUUAUAGCCGCUAUUUGGCCAUAUCGCAAUACUUAUAGCCUUCCUAUUACAGCGACGAACGGAGCGAGGCAGUUUGGGUGGCUAGACCAGGAAGGCACCAGCAGUGGUGAGGCAUUUCGACGCUGGUCGACUCACCAGCCGCAGGUGACCGGAUGGUUGCACUGCUUUUUUGACUUCGUCCAUCGGUAUCUUCCAGUUUGCACCUCGUGAACAAUCCGUUUACUGUUGCUUGAAGAUCGGCACGUCGUUUUUUUGGCCGAAGGUGCGCUAUGGUAGGGGAAGGACGGCUAGCAACGAGGCGUCAUACGGGACUCUGAAAAUAGGUUACGCAUAUUCGGAGAGGGACAUAUUGGAAGGGGAUCUUCGACUUCUUCAAGACUGCGUGUUAGUUUGCUCGUCCCCACUAGCAAGAAGCAUGUUCGCUGGAUGUUGCUGCUAGACCACAGCUGAUUCAAAGAUCUGCGUCCUUGCCAAGCAUCCGUUUUUUGACAACGCAUGAAAGGUGCUUCAUUGAACGUAUUGGCAUUUCCUGAUGAGCCGUUUUCCUUCGUGGUUCAGUACAUGACAGUUAUCAGCAGGUACAUCUCUUUCCGAUCUUCCCGUGAGUUCGGCUACGUUUGGUGAUUUACUUCACCGAGUGCGCUGUCGCUGGCGUACUAUACGUUGCAGGCCACUGUCUCGAUCAGAGCGGGACCUGAUCGUCCAGCCCUCUGCACGUCGAGUCAUUUUCAACUGGGCUGCUGUCGAGUGCUUCUCAUUCUUUGUGGACCAUCGUUUGCAAGCGAAGAAGGCGAUAAUCAGUCAGUGCAACAUAUCUUUUUCAGGUAUGAUAAACGGUUUGCAUGGCCUUUUUAUUUGACCAUGCCUGUUAACGCUCCGGCUGUACUAUGGUGGUUGCCUGCCGUAACCGGUGACUGCCAAAAGGUUACGCUCGCCGAUAUUGAUAUUGCUCAGUUAGGUCUCCAGCUUGUAUUUGAUUCGAUCGGGGUGCAGGGUGUAUCGAGGUUCACACACAGUACACUUCGUGGGCGGGCGAUAACGUUUGCUUGGAAUGUUUACAAUGGGAAGCUGUAGGUUGCAAUAAUAGGUUUGUUGUACGACGUUUACAAGAAACGACUGCGUUUUUCCGUGAAUGAAGUGGUUUCUGACUGCGUGUACUUCUUCAGUAUGCAACGGACGAGCAUAUCUUCUGAGCCAUACUUCACUGCGUAGAGCGCAUUGCCAGACCUCCAGUGAGCUUUAGAAAAGGAAUUCACAGUCCGAGUUACUGAUAUGUUAUACAUACAUAUGCACUAGUAAAGUCACAUGUUAUACAAAGAAUCCUUAUACAUGACUAUUUAUACAGCUGCAUCAUCGUGUAUCUGCAUAUUCUUCUUCAGUUAAUCUGGUCACUUCUCCAUGUUUACAGGUAUCCAUGUGCAUAUUUUCUAUGACCGAUUCCACCUGCAUUUGGUUUUGACUUAUCAACGUGUAACUUUUGCGAUCAUAGGAAAUGGCGGCAGAGGACUGCGGUGGUUGUGAAUUCGGCGGAAUCAUCGGCACCGGCGAUGUUGCGGCUGAAUAUCCGAAACUCUCGUCUGAAGUGGCGAUUCUUCUGCAAGAAGUGGCUGGCGUGCGUUUGUCAGGUUCCUGUGAAGGUUCUGGUACCCCUGAGCAGUCUUCCACUGCCGACUCAGGGUCACCCGAGUCAGCUUCACCGUCCCGAUCACAAUCGAUGGCGACGCAGCCCUUGAGUCAGUUGCUGUCUGCAGGAGACCAUAAAACACUGGUCACUGGAGAGAUUUUCCAGGCAACCACUAGCAGUGACGAUCGCGAGGAAGAAACAAAGGGUCGGCAUAUUCAGGAUACUCUUAGUCUUGGCCAGUUGAGGAAAGGGGAAGCUCACACGUCUACCUCAUCUGAAGGCGGUUCAAUUGAAGAGCGGGACGGAGCCCGGCAGGACGGUUUUGUUGACUUAGAAGACAACGCAAAAGUUAAUCAGAGGGGAGAAGUCGACACAUUAACAUUGCGAGGUGGACGGAGAGAAGACGCAGAGGGUGAAAUACUCUCUCUAGAAUCGGGCGUUGUUGCCGCCUUUUCGUCUACAGCUUCCGCGUGUCACAAAGAAUCCUCAUCGUCACGCUUUCCCUGCAACCUGACUUCACCAAAACAGUCGGGCCUCAACGCAUCCCAUGAAGCUAUUUCAAGACAGACGGAAAAUAUCACCGUCGGGUCACCAGAUGAGAGUUGCUCUCACGAUGCUCACUGCAAGUAUACAACAGUCGGUGGGAGAGACGAAAGUAUUUCAGGCGUGGACAGGGUGUUGUUGGAUCUUGCCUCUGCAUUGUUUGAGUACGUAUACAGUGGCCUGGAUUCACCGACGGUACCCCGCCAAGAACAACCGUUAUCCUGUGAAUUCGCCGAGUCAGUGAAUACAAUUUUUCAAGAAAAUGAAACGGCAGGUAGGUUGCUGGAAGGCAAGCCCCGAAGUUCGCUCCCAUCGAAGCUCUCUGUUCCACUGCCCGGAUCCGGUCAGUUUGCAUCAGCUUCUGCCUUGGCCGGCACUCUGUCCUCGCUGGGAAUGGGAACUGGCAAAAGAGGCGACAGUAUGUUACCGAUCAGACGACAGGCAUCAGAUGGGCAGGCGAAUGGGAAACAUUCGGAGCAGGUCAGGUUCUCUGGAUCAGCGCAAGAAGAGUACCUCAGGUCUCUUACCAUCCCGAUUCCUUCGACAUCGUCUUUUCUCGAGCGCGAGCCUUGCGUGGGACAAUCGUCAUCUGACGUCGUAGCUGGCGUUGCGGCGCCCACCUCCGGCCCACUUGUGAAACGUAUGUCGACGACUGUGUACAGUGAAUCGCCGACAAGAUCUUCAGCCAAGGCACAUCUUCAUUUUCUGCCUUCAGAGGGGGGAGGGCUUCGGCAUCGCGAGCUAAACGAGGCAGGGGCUCAAGAAACAAAGGCGGCUGGAAGACGCGAAGCAACACGAAAAAAGUUUAGAAGAGAAGAACAGGGAACACCGAGCUUGAAUGCUGCAGAAGGUCGAACAGGCGCUCGUGGCGAAGACGGCAGUAGAGGAGAGACAAUAGAACAUGAAAGUUCGCCAUCAACAGAAGCAUUUUUACUCCGCCUUCCCUGUAAUCCAUCCAGUUGUCCCACUUGCCUGCGGGCCGUGGAAAUGGGAGACUCUGCGGUAGACACCCUAAUGAACAAGUUGACAGGCCUCCAUACGCGCCUUUCGUUGACUAUGGACCUCCUUAUGAGGCAACAACGAUGUCAGCAGCAGAUGGCUGUUUGGCUCUGUAAACUGCAGCGGCAGCGCCAGCGGUUGGGCGUAGAAGGCACCGUUCUUGAUAAUACUGAAGUGCGGCAGGACACACAGCUGGUAUCACCAUCGGAGGAAACGACGAAUUUAGAGCGUGGAAGGGGCCCGCUGGCGGACGAACUGCAGCGACAUAAACUAUUAGCUGAUGUUUCGAAGAUACAGAAUCAAAGCCAAUACGGACGUCACGCCAGUGACGGCCACUUUCAAACUGCGUGGUGCCACGCCUCUUCAAAAAUUAGAGAGGGGCGGCAACAGGGAACGAUCGCUCUGGGGACAGGAGGGCAGCAAUCAAGAGCAAGAUCGCCCUAUGUUUCCGAGUCAGCCUCAGAUGGGCCCGCAUGCAAUUCUGGCAUCUCUUUCGCCCAAAGUAGCGGCGUCAACAGAGACAACCGUCGAGGAGGGGAAAUUCAAGAAUCCCAAGUCGUGCAUCAUCCGGAAGAUCGACGACAACAGGGCGCUUCACUGGUACCAAAACAGUUUCCAGAGGAUUACUCUCAGGCACCGUACUGGUUGCCAGAGCAGGGACCGGGCCUUCGGCGGACGCCUGUGCCACUGAGAUUUCCUCCCCCUAAAGCAGAAGGCUGCGAAAGAAACAAUCAGAGUUCUACUUCACCUGGUGCAGCAAGCAGCUCCACCUCUGUGUAUUCUCGGGGCAGCAACGUGCGUCAUGAGCAAGACCCAUAUCCACACAGCUUGAUGAUCCAGUUGAUUCAGCCGCUGCCGACGGGCAUCAAGCUGGAGAUGAAGGCACAUCGACCUUCGUCAUCGACUCCGACAAGCAUCAGUGGGGAAACAUCGGAGCAGCCGGUGCCGCGAGAGUAUGCACUACGCGUCUCCCUCACUAGGCAUGACACGAAAUAUAUUUCUUUUCAUUCUCUCCGAGGCAUCCUUCCGGCGUACAACGAGGCUGUGAGGCUUCGCAACAAAUUUGCUGGGCUUCCUUUCGUCCUUCCGGCGUUGACACUCGAGGAGUUGCAGAAGCGAAAGGGCGCACUGGAACAGAGGAUUCCCCUUCGAGGUCAUGGACCUCGCGAGGCCUUCAUGACGGUCCAGCAGCGCAUGACGUACUACAGACAAGUGGGAAGGAGACCGUCAACGUUCCGCACCACAGGGGGAUCCUGUAAGGAAGGUGACAGUUCGGCUCCCGAUGACAAAGAUGGAGAGUGCUCUCGCCCCGGAGAAUGUGGCAACAGUACUUCUGGAACGAGGUGUUCAGUCAACCCAUGGAAAUGGCCCGCCACACCUAAAUGCACGGACCAAGAUCCAGAUUCAGAGAUGUUGGGGGGGUCGGAGUCAGUUACCAGACAGGUCAAUAAUUUGCAGGCUUUCUCUCGUGGACCCUCUGCGUCUUCCGACGACAAUGGUGUGACACAACGCAGUCAUCAGGAAAACCCUGGACGAUUUGCACCGGAUUUCUCAGACACAUCUAGGAGUCAUAGUGAGACGGUUCGCUCGCUGCUAGCGAGCAAAGCUUCUGCCAGUGCAGUAAGGAAGUGUGCCAAUGUGGAGCGGCCGUGCCCAGAUGUAGAACAAACUGGAGAGGUGCAGAGCAUUCCAAUUACUCCUACGCUGUCGAGUUUGGAAGAAGUUGCCGCAAUAGCUGGAGGUUGGCGAGUCACCGGCGGCACCCGACGUCAGACAACGCCAUCUACCGACAGCGUUCCCCGUCGGCAACAUACGAAUCCACAGAGCAAACAAAACGACCCGACGUUAGUUUCCCCUCCACUUUGUUCAAAAGUUCGUACAAGCGACGAGACCAGGGUAGAAACGAGACUGAACAGUCAAGCUCAGGUGGAAGGAGCUGCAGUUUCAGGCAGACUUUCAGGCAAGCGACAAGUAGCUGCACCGUCUGAAGCGCUCAACAAACAAGGAAAUCAAGAUAGCGAAGCUUCGUCAGUUUCGGAAAGAUGUGACCGAGCAACAAGGGAAGGCUUUUGUGAGAAAUCAGGGCGGUCUGGCUGUUGCGCAGCAUUAGGAAGUACAAAGUAUACUGCGUCAGUGCAAUCACGAGCUGCUGUUGCAUCACUAGACGCCGAGGCUGAUCGCAGGACCGCCGCCGCUAAGCGGCGGUUGGACAUCCCCUCGUGGAUGCAGACGGAACUAAGCAGUUACGUUGGUCCCAUUUCCAGAGAUACUGUAACGUCCUCCGUGUCAAGCAGCGAUUGCAGUAGCAGGGAAACAACCGGCAGCUUCGAGACGAGGUCACUCGAAAGAACGCCCGAGACAGUUACAUCAAAGCGGCGGGAUCGAGAAGAGCUCCGUGAUUUUGUGCUCGAGCUGGGACAGCGGGGGGAGAAAAGGCGACGGACACUGGAUGAGCCAGAAAAGAAGGUGGUAGCGGACUGCUGUGGCGGACGCUAAAGAUUGGAGGACGGGAUGUUGCAGUUGAAGAGCUGCGUCAAAAGUUUGAGUGACAUGGUGAGGACACAGUGACAAAAUUUGGGUCUCUAGUUAGCUGACAGGUUCAGGUUGCAUAUACUCGAGUAGGUAAACGAACGGCAGUGUGUGUCUCUCGUAUGAUCUGAAGCAGGAUGCGCUUCAGCCGGACAAGCGAGAUUAGACGACCGCUCCUGAGCUCGUAUUCAAGAGACAGAUGAGUACAAAUGAAUAAGAUCACUCGAAUACGUAGAUAGUUUUUGUUUUGUAUGGCAGUGCCUCAUCUGUGCUGUUUUGCGCGUUCGGUACAACGCUGGUGUGACGGGGGAGAAACAGACGAGGUUUUUGUUGGUGCUAGCCCUGCCCGUACACCGCAGGUUGCUUCUUUCUCCAGCCGUGAAAAAAUGUUCUGUGUCGUCACACGUUCCUCUUGUUCCGUGUGGCGACUCUACGGAUCUUGUGCGGGAUCGACUCGCUGAAAAGGUGCUGCACAAUUCGUCAGGAGGAAAUAGUGAUACCUGCACGAAUCGGACGGCGUCAGCUCACUAAAAAGAGUUCUUGUGGAAACGAUUCCAGGAUUAUGAAUAUAGCUUGGUACACAGAAGUUACCAUGCCCUCCGCACAAAGCCGUUAUCAGAAUAUAAAGAUCAUAGCUAAACCAUUCAUUGUCCCUCUACGACGACCUGCUUCCACUUUUCCAUGCACAUGCGCGCGGGCAAUAGACUUCGCCGUUGGUAUCCUGCGACGCUAAUGAAGGACAAACAACAUGUCUAUAUUGUACCGAACCCACGUCAUAAAUCCCUUGAUUUUUGCAAUUUUUCGUCCCCGGCAGGCAGCUGUACGGAUCUCUAUUGAAAGUACCUGUGCAGCCCUGGCGAAUCUGCGGACCAGUGGACCUCUUGUUCUCUGUAGUGAUUGACU